CCUUACAAUCCACCAGUUUGAGUGAAAUCUGAGUGUAUUUCAAGGCAUAUCUCUGUAUGUGUCUUCUCUACACUUCUUUCAAGCCUCUAAGCUCUUAACCCAAUAACCCACUUCUCUUUCUCUCUCUUUUCUCUCUCUGUCUCUCUCUCUACAUCUAUGUGUAAGUGGAUGAAUGGUUAAAGGGAUGAAGAAGAUCAAUUUGAUAAUAAAGAAGUGCAAGAGUUUAUCUAGGCAAUUGGGGAGGUCUUCAUCUUACAGUAGCUUGAGGUCCAAAUCAACAAGAGAAGAAAUUCAUGGGGAAGACACAACAGAAGAGGAGCAAUGUGAGACUGUGUUUGUUGGAAGCUCAAGGAAGCGUUACAUGAUCAGUUCAAAACAUUUGAAUCAUCCACUAAUAAAUGCACUCAUUGAGAAAUCAAAGCAAAAGCCUGGUGGAGGUAUCUCUGUGAAGUGUGAAGUGGUCCUGUUUGAUCAUCUCUUAUGGAUGCUUGAGAAUGCAGAUCCAAACAUUACUUCUGAUUCACUAGAGGAGUUGGCUGAUCUCUAUACUUACUGAUCAAAUUCCAAUAUGGGUCUGUUAGAGAAUGAAAGUUUAAUUUGAUUGUCAAUGUUCCUAACUCGUUGCCAUCAUUACUGUUUGGUCUAAUUCUAUGUAUUGAGUUCUUCAUGCUUAUUUAUGAUGAUUAUGUUGUGAUCA